AUGAACGAUAUAAUUUUCAGCAAGUAUUUAUUUUUGUUAAUGUUAGUUAAUGUCAAUACAGUUAUUUAUGUUAGUUCAUGCAUUAACUAAUGUAAACAGAUAGGCUACAACCUCAUUGUAAAGUAUUUAUGGAUAAUUUAGAUUAGUUCACAACCCACACGUUGUGGUGGACACAAAUAAAGAGGGGUGCACAGCUAGCUUCCACAUUGCCUACAUAAUAAUUUACAUAAUCAUAUAGCAAUCACUAUUACCUAAAGCUACUAGAAGUGAGAAAAACAACAACAAAACUAUUUAUCAUAAUAAGGAGAAAAUAAGCUGAGAGAAAGUUUUAACAGUUUUUAGAAACACAUACGUUGUUAUUAAGUUUUUUAAUGAAUGCCGUUUGUCAGAACCGUACUGAACAUGUUGAAAAUAAUCAUAUGAUGAGAUUAGAGAAAAACAGGACAUGAGAACUAGAGCGAAUUUCAUUCCAUACGGUGGAACUCGCGCUUCAAGCCCCGCCCACUAGAUCCUGCGAGGCGGAGCUCCUCCCAUUUGGCUGUGCAGCGGGAGCACUCUCUCGUGCUUUCCUCAGAAGGCGGCGGCAAUUUGGAGCUUUUGGACGCUGCCAGUGUGUUUCGAGCCUGAUGUCUUCAGCCACGUGUAAAUGCAUCGGUGUACAUUGAAAUAAUUAAUCCUUCUUCGAUCAUUUUAUUGGUUUGUCACCAGAAGACAGGAUUUCUUAAUACGCUAACCGUUAGCAGUGAGAAGUAGUCCGGACAGCGUCAUAAACAUCUCCUGACUCAUACAGUUGUUUACUUUGAGAGUGAAAGUGAUUGAGAUCUUCAGUGAAGCUCCUCCUACAACAAUCCACCAAUAAAUGCUGGAGUCAAACACACAGAGAAAUCACUCCAUGUGUGACAACUGAAAUCUUCAUGACAUAAUGUUGAUGCUGGUGAAAGAGGAGCUUGAGAAGAUGACAGAUCCACAACCAUGCAGAAUAAAGGAUGAAGAUACUGAGGAACAAAUAGAUAUGAUGGAAGUGAAAGAGGAGAGUCAAGCUGAAGUAGAUGAGAAACAUCAGAUUGUAAAAAUAAACCAUAAUGUUUCACCGAAAGAAACUCUGAAGACAGAAGACAUAAAGGGUGAAAAUAGUUUCAGUGAAGAUGAACGCCCUGCAGAUCACAAGAGUACUCGCAGUGAGAAGAAACCUUUCACAUGUCACCUGUGUGGAAUGAGUUUCACACUUAAAUCGAGCCUUAGCCGGCACAUGAAAGCUCACAGGGGGGAAAAGCCACACGCCUGCCAGCAUUGUGACAAGAGUUUCCCAGAUAGAAGUCAACUUAACAGACAUUUGAGAAGUCACACUGGAGAGAAACCUCAUGCAUGUCUUCAGUGUGAAAAGAGUUUUAGAGAUAAACGUAGACUUGAGACUCACAUGAGAACUCACACUGGAGAGAAACCUUACAUAUGCUCUCAGUGUGAAAAGAGUUUCAUAGAAAAACGUGGACUUGAGGCUCACAUGAGAACUCACACUGGAGAGAAACCUUACAUAUGCUAUCAGUGUGGAAAGAGUUUUAGAAGAAAAGCUCACCUUGAAGAACACAUGAGGAUUCACAGUGAGAAGAAACCUUUCACAUGUCAUCAGUGUGGAAAGAGUUUUAACCGUAAAUCGAGCCUUAGCCGGCACAUGACAGCUCACAGGGGGGAAAAGCCACACGCCUGCCAGCAUUGUGAAAAGAGUUUCCGAGAUAGAAGUCAACUUAACAGACAUUUGAGAAUUCACACUGGAGAGAAACCAUUCACUUGUCAUCACUGUGGAAAGAGUUUCAUAAGAAAUCAUUACCUUAAUGAACAUCUAAGAAUUCACAAUGUCUGUAUUUGUGGUCUGGUGGACUUGUGAAACGUCAUCAGUCGCGGCCCAAGUACUGUUCCAAUUCUAAGUUCACAUCAAUUCAAGUUCACUUAACAUCUCAGGAUGUGUUCUUGAUCUGCUCAUUUAAUUGAGGAUACAUCAGGAGGUGACUUGUGUGGACUUACGACAGACAAGUUUCCCAGAAUGCAUUUUGUGUCAACGGUACCCAGGUGAAAAAGUAGUACACUUCCAUGGUGUACUUAAAGUGCUUUAUUUUCGCACACCAAUUUUGUACUUAAUAUACUAAAAAUUAAUCUUUAGUACGU